AUGUCUCAGCCAGUUGCCAUCAUUACUGGGGCGUCGUCGGGCAUGGGGCUUGCCGUCACGAAACAUCUGGUUGCACAAGGAUGGAGAGUCGCUAUGGCCGAUAUUGAUGAAGAUACUGGACGAAAAGUUUCGGCUGAGCUCGGAGACCAAGUCUUAUUUUGCCUCACGGAUGUCAGUUCCUACUCGCAGCAAGCAGACCUAUUUAGAAAGGCCUUUUUGUGGGGAGAGAAUAGGCUGGAUCUUUUUGCCGCAAAUGCUGGCAUUGCGGACACGCAAUUCCUCCAAGAAAACGACUACAACUAUGACGAAAAAGGCCUCCCGCUGGCAUUGAACCUCAAAGCCUUGGAUGUGAAUUUCACAGCUGUCAUACAAGGGAUAUGGCUCUUCAAACACUACGCCCGACAAAACAAAAUUCCAGGUGGGAAAGUUGUGAUUACGUCCUCAAGUGCAGGGCUAUAUCCUAUGGAAACGAACCCUGUAUAUACGGCCUCCAAACAUGGUCUAGUCGGGCUUACCCGAGCCCUGGGACCGGCACUCCUUCGGCAGAAUAUUCAGAUAAACGCCAUCUGUCCAGGCUUUGUACCGACUGCUCUGUGCCCGAAAGAGAUGCUCGAUCGCUUUCCAAAGGAGCAUAUCACUCCAAUGUCGACUGUCAUCAAAGCAUACGAUGCAUUUCUCGGGGAUCAUUCCCUUCACGGACAGACCGUUGAGCUAAGUCUGGAUCAGCUAUAUUUUCGCACCAAGCCCGACUAUCCAAACGAAAGCCAACGCUGGCUGGGGGAAGAUUCAGCCAGUUUCUGGGAGGAAGCUUAUACCACACCCGUGUCUUGA